UGGAAACGAUCGAAAAUCGCUACGUGUGGCCACCUUAAGGCACAUUGUGGGGCUUCCUAUCCUUUCAAUCAAUUCAGGCAGCAUUCAUUUAGGCACAAAAGUUGAACUGACUAUGCACUAUGCUACCAUGUGUGUACUAUGCAACUAGAAUAAAGUAACUGCCAGUAGCGCUUCCCAUAUGUGUGAGUUACAAGGAGUAGAAGCAGCAGGCAGAGUAGGAUGUGCAGCUAUUAUAGGAUGUGCUACUAUUAUAGGAGGGGGGAGGACAGCACGGCAGGGCAUGUGGGAUUUCUCUUUCUGGCUAAUUAUCUCCCAUCCGUACGAGCCCUUCUCUGAAGCCCCCAGGCGAGCAGUGCGACUGGAGAUAAGGAGGAGGCCGGUCAUACAGAGCCCAGGGGUGGGGGAAGCCAAGGCAGCGCGGAUGAGCAGCAGCAGGAGGCAGCCGUGCCUGGGGAGGGAAGCCUGAGGCUGCACGGAGACACGGAAGCGGCUUCCACCGGGACGUACCAAGUGCACUCACUGCCCCACAGGAGCACUUACACCGGGACGUACCAAGUGCACUCACUGCCCCACAGGAGAACUUACAACGGGACGUACCAAGUACACUCACUGCCCCACAGGAGAACUUACACCGGGACGUACCAAGUACACUCACUGCCCCACAGGACCGGUCACACUGCCCAGCUGCCUACUAAAUGCCCGCUUUAGAGAGCCCCGAUGCUUCUUACAAAGAGAGAAGAGAAUGGCCUGGCAGGGAGCACGCUUGAUCCACAACAGCCAAAAUUGGCAGCAACCCUUAGUAGCACAGAAUUGCUUGAGACAGGAGCUGAUGCAGCGUGGGGCUGGGCAUCCCUAGACCAGCCCAUAAGGUUUCUACUGGAUUAUACCCUAAAAAUGAUCUAUUGGCACUUUGUUUUGUGAGUAACCUGCUGUGUGGCCACCAAGGCCAUGUCUUCUGUUGAACAAGCAAACUUGGACAUUGCUGACUGGCUAUGUGCAAUCCAUCUUGAGAGAUACCAGGACAGUUUCAAGCGACAUGGUUAUAAAAAGGUGAGAGAUAUUCUCACACUUGAUAAUAAAGAGCUUCAGCAAAUUGGCAUUGCUGCCACAGGCCACAGGAAAAGAAUUAUGAGUCGCUUGAGACACCCUUCUGGAGAAGCCUGGCCACAGUCUAAUGCAGGUAGCUUGGAGAGGGCAGAGUCUCAGGAGAUUUUCUUUAGAGAUGAUAAAGAUGAUGAAAUGGUUCAAAGAAACAUAGAAAAAAGGAUUAUGGAAGAAAUUGCUAAUCGGGACAAUACAGAAAAUGCCAAUGAAAAAAAGACUAGUUGUGAACCUACUGUAAAACCAGUUCCGAAACCUAGAACAGUGUUUAAUAAGAUUACAACUGCAAUACACAAACCUCAUCUUAUAUCUCCAUAUACAAUAUCGCCAGCUACAUCAUCUACUUAUCUAGAAAACCAUACAAAUGCUGCUGGAAACAUUUUUCAACAGGAAGCUUUUGUUUUCAGAGGAAGCAGCUUGGAUUUAGAGGAAUAUAACUCAUUAACAGGGCAGCAGCCAGAAAGGGUGGACCUGGAGGUUGGGACUCAGAAGUAUUCAUCCGCUGGGGCUGGAAAACCUUUUCAUCCCUUUCCAUCCCUCCCUGUGCGACAGAACAAAAGGGCUUCUCUGCCUGGCUCCUUAGACCACAGAAUCUUUGUACAGAUGGAAGCUGAUACGACUCCAUGUUCUGCUCUAUCAGCUUUGCCUUCCUUUGCUGGAAACGAAGAGGAAGUCACCUCUUUCUCAACCAGCCCUCUUUCUCCCCAGGAAACGCUAACAAUGAUAUCCAAUGAAAUCUAUUCUGGGUUUGAUCGGAGAGCUGCUACUGUCAAUUGGACUCCAGACAUUGACACAUCAAGGAACAAUCUAAGUUUAAAACCUCCUGACAUUAAAAAGCAUGAAGCUACUUCAGCACCAGAAAGAUUAAGCUGUUCGGGGGUUUCAGAACUAGAAUUGCCUGUUGUUCCUGAGAGACCCAGCUCUACAAUAGAAGAAAUUAAUCCCUACUGUGAGGCAGUCUUCAAUCGGAACCCUCAAGCACAGGAUCCAAAGGAUGGCAAAAACACCAAAUUCCGCACAUGUACCGCCACCAUGCCUAUGUUUACACCGGGGGAGGAGAAGGGCCAAGCCAGGAAUUCCAGUGAUGCAGUCAUUGAUAGAAAGGGUGAGGGAGAAGAAGGAAAGACGCACAGAAUCAAUCAAAUAGCCCAAAAUGACCAGGAAGGCUACUCAACUGUCGAUGCACCUCCAGCCAACAACAGGUUCAGCCUUCCUUCUGACUUGUACAAGGAUGAGAUCUUAGAUGACCUGACUAUCUCGCCAUAUGCCAGCUUUACGUCUCUGUCAGAACGUUCCCGGCCAGUGCUGAGUACAUGGCUGGACAAACUUUCGCCUCAAGGUAAUUAUGUCUUUCAGAGACGAUAUGUAAAGUUUGAUGGACAGAAUCUCAUGUAUUUCAGCAAUGACAAGGAGCUGUACCCAAAAGGAGUCAUCCCUCUCUCCUCCAUCGAAAUGGCUCGCUCAACCAAAGAAAAUAAAUUUGAAGUUGUCACAAAACACAGGACGUUUGUGUUCAGAGCAGAGAAUGAAGUACAAAGGAACGAGUGGUGUGCCACGAUCCAGAAUAGGGUUAAAGAACAUCGAAUGGUCUUCCCACGUCUGCGCCUUGGCUGCAGCUCAUCAUGUCAGAGAUCCGGCUACCUGGAGCUAAAAGGCUAUAAAUCCAAGAUCUUUGCUGUUCUUACAACAGAUGAAUUGUGGAUUCACAAAAAUGAGCAGCUUUUCAAAAUGGGGAUAGGAAUGUUUGUGAUUGGAAUGCAUGGCUGCACCAUAAGAGACGUACGGAACAAGAACUUUGAACUUGUCACCAUGCAAAAAAUCUUCAGUUUCACUGCAGAAUCUGAGAGGGAGAAGAAAGAGUGGAUGGAGGCCCUGCUAGAGUGCAUCUCAGAGUCGCUGUCUGACUAUGAAGUAGCUGAAAAGAUCUGGUCCAAUAAAUCGAAUAAGAUAUGUGCAGACUGCAGAGCUUCUAACCCAGACUGGGCUUCUAUUAACCUGUGUGUUGUGAUAUGUAAACAGUGUGCAGGUGUGCACAGAAGUCUUGGUACCAAUAUUUCCAAAGUGCAAAGUCUGAAACUAGACACUAGCAUCUGGAGCAAUGAAAUUGUGCAGCUUUUCAUCAUCUUGGGAAAUGACAAAGCAAACCGCUUCUGGGCAGCAAAACUUCUACCCUCAGAGAUGCUACAUACUGAUGAUCCUGUGGAAAGAAGAAGGAACUUUAUCACGCAGAAAUACCGGGAAGGCAAAUACAGAGGGUUUCACCCUCAGCUAAACACACAGGAGGAGAUACUUAAGGUGCUCUGUGCAGCCGUCGCUGGACCCAAUUUGCUGAAUUCUGUAAUGCAGUUAUUCUCAGACGCAGAAUGUGUCGCUGAUGCAGUGGGACAGGACAAUGCCAUGCUGGUUGUACAGUCCUCCGACACCUGGAGAGCAAGCACCAACAGUAUAAAUGCUGAUAGUCUAGGUUUCGAUGAAGCCAACCAAGCUAGAGUGUACGAUGAGAUCCUCCAGCCCGUGGUGCACUCUGGGUACCUAAACAAAACAGCUGCAUUGACCAAACUUUUCACAGCAAGGAAAUCUAAAGAUGAAUUCCACAAACACUGGUGCGUUCUGGAAAGAUCCCUCACAUUCUAUGAUAGCGACAAGGCCUCUGAACCCCUUGGAAAGAUUGACCCGUCAGAAGUGGUGUGUAUGGGAGUGACCAGGCAGGACGUGUUGUGCAGCCCAUCUCCAGUGGAAAGGUUUCGCUACAUGUUUGAGAUAUACUUAGCUACAGAGAAAGUUCACCAGUUUGGGACUGAUGCAGCUGAAACACUUCAGACUUGGACAAGUGCAAUUGGAAAGUGGUUCACUCCAGUGAGCUGUCACUGUUUGGUGGCUCAUGAAUUUCAGCGAGUGGGGAGAAUGCGUUACAAGGCGAUGCUGAACCCAGAUCACUGGAUGGAAGGCUUUUUCCUGCUGAAAAAAUGCCAUCUUUUUAUCUGUCCUGGAGAUCAGAAUGCAGCAGAAGACAGUGUCAAUCUACGCCAGCUUCAAGAACUCACUGUAUCACUAGGAUCAGAAAACACAGAGAAGAAAGAUAUGCUGAUUCUUGUCGAGAAAGGGCGGACUCUUUACCUUCAGGGGGUUACAAAGGCAGAUUUCCUUGCCUGGAGCACUGAUAUUCAAGCUGCAGCAUGUAGCAGUGGCAAUGUUCUACGGGAGCAACAGCUUAGCAGGAAUGACAUUCCGAUCAUCGUAGAUAGCUGCAUCGCUUUUCUAACCCAAUAUGGUCUGCGGCACGAGGGGAUCUACCGUAAAAAUGGGGCCAAAUCGCGAAUAAAACUGCUCAUGGAUGAGUUCCGCAAGGAUGCGCGCAAUGUCAAGCUCCGCAUCAGUGAUAACUUUAUCGAGGAUGUAACCGAUGUGCUAAAAAGGUUUUUUAGGGAACUUGAUGACCCAAUAUUUACUACAGAGCUUCAUCCACAAUGGAAAGAGGCUGCAGACAACCCAGAAAAAUCAAAACGACUGGAAAAAUAUAUGGAGCUAAUUAACCACCUUCCAAGAGUUAACAGAGCUACACUGGCUGCUCUUAUUGGUCACCUUUACCGGGUUCAAAAAUGUGCUGAUCUCAACCAAAUGUGCACAAAAAAUCUUGCACUCUUGUUUGCCCCAAGUCUGUUUCAGACAGAUGGGAAAGGGGAACACGAGGUGAAGGUUAUGGAGGAUAUUAUAGAUAACUACGCUUCUGUAUUUGAAAUCGAUGAAGAGCAGGUUACACAAAUGGAUUUGGAAAACAGCCUGAUUACAACCUGGAAAGAUGUUCAGCUAUCACAGGCUGGGGAUCUAAUUAUUGAGGUUUACUUGGAAAAGAAAUUGCCAGACUGCUGCGUCACUUUAAAGGUUUCUCCAGUAAUGACAGCAGAAGAACUGACCAAUCAGGUUCUGGAUAUGAGAAACAUAUCAGCGAGCAUGGAUGUUUGGCUUACAUUUGAAGUGUUUGAAAAUGGAGAACUUGAGCGCCCUUUGCACCCAAAAGAGAAAGUCUUGGAGCAAGCUCUGCAGUGGUGCAAGUUGGCCGAGCCGAGUUCCGCUUUUCUGCUUGUAAAGAAAAUCCCAAUUGGUGAAGGAAGUUGUCUAUUUACAGGCACAAAGAGAGAGACUCCAAAAUGUGGGCUAUUGAAAUGCAGAGAGGAAACGCCUAAGCUUCUAGGAAGCAAAUUUCAAGAGAGAUAUUUUGUCAUCAGAGAUCGCAAGCUUCUGCUGCUUAAAGAGAAAAAGAGUGCAAAGCCAGAAAGGGAGUGGCCCCUUGAUACAGCCAAAGUUUACAUGGGCAUUAGGAAAAAGAUGAAGGCUCCAUCCCAAUGGGGUUUUACCAUCUACUUGGAUAAACAGCAGCUGUGCCUGUGUUGUUCAGGUCAACCAGAAAUGUGGGACUGGAUAACCAGUAUUCUGAAGGCUCAGCAUGACGAUCUCCGACCGGUGAUUUUAAGGCGCCACUCAUCCUCCGAUGUGACUAAACAAAAGUUUGGCACAAUGCCAUUGGUUCCAAUCCGUGGAGAUGACACCAAUUCUACUAUGGUUACAGCAAAUCAGACACUGCGCCGACUUCAUACAAGAAGGACCCUAUCAAUGUUCUUUCCAAUGAAAAUGCAUCAAGAUUCACUUGAGGAACUGCAGGAAAAACAAAGUGAAGAAUAUGAUGAGGCUGUAUAUGAGGAAGUGGGAAAUUUUCAGAGUCUACCACAGUCAGAGUUAGACUUUGCAUCAGAAAAACAACUUGUUCCUCCACCUUUGGAUCGAACCAAAAAACCUGCUCUCACGCAGGAUCUAAAAAAACUAACAGUUCCCGCAACUUUAGACCAAAGAAAGAGCUGUUCCCCAGAAAGGCCAGAAAGGGACAGCUACAGAAAAUCUCACUCUCUAGACAGAAAUGUGUGUGUGGACAGUUCUGUGACAGGCCUUAGUGAAAAUUUUAAACCUUCAAGGACAGAAAGAGGCAUUACUUCUAGCCUUCUAAAAACUGGCUCUCUUGAACGAACAGUGGAAACAAGUCGUCUACAGGCAGUGGCUACAAGAAGCCAGGGGGCAAAGAGCACAUUGGACUUAAGUUCUCUGCCUCCGUUGUUUUUUGAGCCAGUUCCUCCAUCAGACACAGCAAAGAAUCCAGCGUGGAAGAAAAAUUCAGGAGUUCCCAACCAAAUACAAGAUAAACUUGUCCAGGAACUCAGUGCUAUCAUUCUUAAGAAAAAUGAUGCCGCAUCAACAGGGCAACAAGUCACGUGAUGUAGUUAACACAUUUCUUUUUCAAGUACUGUUCGCCCUUAGCAAGAGAACAUUAGGCAAAUUGUACUGUGGGAACCUGAGAAAUGGACCAAGAAUUGCAGCUUGUCCAAACUCUAGCUGCUCUCACACAUACAGCUUGUAUAUAGAUGUGUUCUUUGUUUUAAAUAUAUUUAUCGGUCUAUGCCUUUUAAGUUAUAUUUUAUAUAAGGUGAAGGAGCUUUUAAAGUUUCCUGUAUGACCCAAAAGUAAGCAUUACAACACAUUUGUGAACAUUUUCUCAAUCAGUUUGGGUGGUGAAAUAAAUAGUGAAUGCAUCCUAAA